ACGCGUUGCUAUAGACACUAUCUAGUGAUUCGGGAUUGACCCUGAGUAGUGACGUAAGCGGCUACAGAGCGAAUCACUAACCGGUUAGCUUUUGCAGAAUUGCUGUUGAUCAGCCAAAACUGCAGCAAGAUGGCUGGCAGGAAGAUGCAAGCAGCGCGAUGUCCGACUGACGAGCUCUCGCUCACUAACUGUGUGGUAGCCAAUGAGAAGGACUACAAGUCAGGACAGCAUGUGAUGAUCAGGACCACGCCCACGCACAGGUACGUCUUCACCGUGAGGACGCAUCAGAGCGUGAUGGCUGGAACCCUCGCCUUCAGCUUACCCCAGAGGAAAUGGGCAGGUCUCUCUGUCAAUCAAGAUGUGGAAGUCAGCAUUUACAACUUCGACACGUCCAAGCAAUACAUUGGGACCAUGACUGUGGAAAUCGACUUCCUGCAGAAGAAGAACGCAGACAGCAACUCGUACGACUCGGACAAGAUGGCCAUCGAGCUCAUCCAGAAUUUUAACUCGCAGGCGUUCUGCUUGGGCCAGCAGUUCGUGUUCAGCUUCUGUGACAAGGUCUUUUUGCUGGUAAUCAAAAGCUUGGAGGCGAUGGACCCCAGCAUUCUGAAGGGCGAGCAGAGCUCCAGCAAGAAAAACAAGAUCGAGGUCGGCUUGCUGCACGGUAACAGUCAGGUGAUUUUUGAGAAGGCAGAGAGCUCCUCCAUCAACCUGUUUGGUAAGGCGAAGUCUAGAGGCGCACGACAGUCCAUCAUUAACCCCGACUGGAACUUCGAACGGAUGGGAAUCGGAGGCCUGGACAAGGAAUUCUCCGACAUCUUCCGCCGAGCCUUCGCCUCUCGGGUUUUCCCUCCGGACAUCGUGGAGCAGAUGGGUUGUAAACACGUUAAAGGUAUUCUCCUGUUCGGGCCUCCUGGCUGCGGUAAGACACUGAUGGCACGUCAGAUCGGGAAGAUGCUGAACGCCCGAGAGCCCAAGGUGGUCAACGGCCCCGAGAUCCUCAACAAGUAUGUGGGAGAGUCGGAGGCCAACAUCAGGAAACUGUUCGCUGAUGCAGAGGAUGAGCAGAAGAGGCUGGGAGCCAAUAGUGGACUGCACAUCAUCAUUUUCGAUGAGAUCGAUGCCAUUUGCAAGCAGCGAGGCAGCAUGGCGGGCAGCACCGGCGUCCAUGACACCGUCGUCAACCAGCUGCUGUCCAAGAUCGACGGCGUGGAGCAGCUCAACAACAUCCUGGUUAUAGGCAUGACCAAUCGACCUGACCUGAUAGAUGAAGCUCUGCUGAGACCUGGAAGACUGGAGGUCAAGAUGGAGAUUGGUCUGCCGGACGAGUCGGGCCGUUUGCAGAUCCUGAACAUCCACACGGCUAAAAUGAGGCAGGCCAGUAUGCUGGCGAGUGACGUGGACAUUAAGGAGCUGGCCGUCGAGACCAAGAACUACAGCGGGGCGGAGUUAGAGGGACUCGUACGAGCAGCGCAGUCCACUGCCAUGAACCGUCACAUCAAGGCCAGUAAUCAGGUGGAGGUGGACACUGAAAAGGCCCAGUCGCUGCAGGUCAGCCGGAGUGACUUCUGGGCGUCGCUGAAUAAUGACAUCAAACCCGCGUUCGGCACCAAUCAGGAGGAUUACUCCAGCUACAUCCUGAACGGCAUUGUGAAGUGGAGUAACGCCGUGUCGGACAUCCUGGGAGACGGAGAACUCCUGGUGCAGCAGACCAAAAACAGCGAACGCACACCGCUAGUGACGGUGCUGCUGGAGGGUCCACCUCACAGCGGUAAGACCGCACUGGCAGCUAAAAUCGCAGAGGACUCGCAGUUCCCCUUCAUCAAAAUCUGCUCUCCGGACAAGAUGAUCGGCCACUCGGAGAUCGCCAAGUGCCAGGCCAUCAAGAAGAUAUUCGAUGACGCCUAUAAGUCUCAGCUGAGCUGCGUGGUGGUGGAUGAUAUCGAGCGACUCCUGGACUUUGUUCCGAUCGGACCUCGUUUCUCAAACUCAGUUCUGCAGGCCCUGCUGGUGCUGCUGAAGAAGGCGCCUCCUCGCGGUCGUAAGCUGCUGAUCUUGGGCACCACCAGCCGUAAGGACGUGCUGCAGGAGAUGGGUAUGCUGGAUGCCUUCAGCACAACCAUCCACAUCCCCAACAUCUCCAGAGGAGAGCACCUGAUGGAGGCGCUGGAGCUGCUGGGAGGCUUCCAGGAAGAUGAACGUGCGCAGAUCGCUAAAGAAGUGAAAGGCAAAGGAGUGUGGCUCGGCAUUAAGAAGCUUCAGAUGCUCAUUGAGAUGUCCCUGCAGAUGCCGCAUGAGUACAGAGUUAAGAAGUUUUUGGCUCUGCUGACAGAAGAGGGCGCAUUGGGCUCUGAUAAACAUGUGACUUUAUAAAGCGCCGCCGCUGGAGCACGGUCACACACUCGCAGGCUGUCAUGGUGUGUUGUGUUGUGUGCUGCUGUGGAAUCAACGCCGUCACUUCGUCCUGUCCAACACGAGCUCUCUCUGCUGUUAGUGACUCCACCGAACACUGCACACGGACACUGGUGUGUGUGUGUGUGCACACCGCAGUGAUCAGUGCUACGGUGGUAAAGGCUGCUAACACUCCCAUCGAAACUGGAUUUAUGCGUGUGUGUGUGUCUGUGUGUGUGUCUGUGUGUGUGUCUGUGUGUGUGUCUGUGUGUGUGUCUGUGUGUGUGUCUGUGUGCGCGAGUAAAUAAGGUCUGCUGAAGUUGAUCAGUGUGUAUAUGCUUACACAAGGCAUUAAACAUUCCUAAGUGAUGCCUUAGUCUUAAUGCCAUUCACUUGAGUUUGAUUGAACAUUAGUUUUGUAAAAAAGAAAAAAAAAUUUUUUUGAGUUACAGCUAGACUCACAUUCUUUGUUUUAGUGAAGGACAUCUUGAAUUUUCCUAAGUUUAGCUCCAUGAUGGACUGUAGGCUUGUGAGAUAAAACAAUAUUAUCGUCCCUACAUGAUACUACAUUGCCAUGAUAUACAGUGACGUUUAUCAUCCAGAUAUUAUAUUACUGGAACUGUCAACCGUUAUGCAUUUUGCCACACUUUUUGCCACACGUUUUUUUUUUUUUUUUGGACUGGCGCUCUACUGCUCUGUCCCGUGAGCAGCAUCAACAGUAUAAAUGUCUGCCAUGUGGACAUAAGGAUUAUAUUGAACUUUGCUGUUAUGUUUUGUUUUUAACUGUUUACUGCGUAUUACUGCAGAAUCAUUCAACAGUCCACCAUCAGGCUGAGUUUAUGUGAGUUCCUGACUGCACAGCUGAUAACAUUAUUACACCCUCCUCUACUCUCCUUAAACCUGAAAUGGUAGUCCUGGUUUAGGUUCUAUCAUCUAUCGAGAUAUUUUAAAAUAGAAAAUCUCGAGCAGGGAACAAUCAAUAUCUCACAAGCCUAAUACACUGUUUUCUCUCGUAUGGUGUGUUGUGUAAGUGUGACUAAUGCAAAGCACUGUCGGACUGAUUUUCUCUUUAAAUCUUUACGGAUUUAAAGUCGCUCUGUGGGACGUUUGGUUUUUUUCCCCUUUCUUUUGUUUUUGUUUUUCUUUUUUUUUUUUUAAUAACUAAACCGUUAUUGAUACUUUUGAAAAGCUUUUCUUUUUUAAUAACUCUUCGGUCUUCAUCAUGUUUGUUUAGAUAUGUUUAGAAACUGUUUUUUUUUUUCCCAGGUGUAUUUAUACUGAGAUCACGUCACACUUUAACUGCAAACGGGUCAACUCCAUUUAGCGAAUUAUGUGACUUCUGAAGAAAACUGGUUACUGCUAGAGCUUUUAGUAGUUUAAUGGUAGUAGGGGUGAAUAUUUACUCUUUCACUAUUUUUGGUUAUAAAUAAUUUUGCAAAUUAUAUUGAUUUUCCUCAAUAUUUUGGGCUACUUAGUUUAUAUUCAUGGUAUGUAAUCCCAGUAAUAAGUCCAUUUCAGUUCCAAGGUGUAAUACUACAAAAUGUGGAAAAAUUUCAAGGGGGGUGAAUACUUAUGCACACCAAUUUAGUGAACAUUUUGUGAAAAUGAGUGGUGUCAUAUUGAUGACAUGAAAGAGUAAGAUCCAAAACAAAUCCAUAAAUUAAGACACACAAGACUGUGCAAUUAGGACAAAAGUAAUGGCACCCUAUUAAAAGAGGAAGUGUUAGUGUGGCGCCGAUUUAUUGCAUACUGCACCAUUUAGCUGUCUUUUGAGCUCUCUGUGAUCGUUUAUGCCUUUUAUGGAAUUUUGUGUGCAUGACUAAAUGUAAAUCAGCUGUAAAUCGACUGUACUUUCUUGAUAAUCUAUGGCUUAUUACUGUUUAUCAACAUACACACAUGAAUAUGAAGAAAAUCAGCAUGCGUGAAACUGUUAUAAAUCUGAAGGGACGUUUUAGUACAAUAAAAUCAAUUACACCCAAUGAGGCCCAAAAUCUCAGGCAUGUCUGAGAUUCCCAUCCUUAGUAUAUAUGUAGAAUUUAAACUGCUUGACCUACAGCACUAGUUAGAUAUCUGUCCCUCUGAGUGUGAGUUAAAUUUAAUUUACAGCUAAAAUGUUUAUUCCAUUGACUGUUUGCUCCAUUGUCUGUCCUUUUAAUAUGUGAGUGAGUUCCAAAUAAUAACAGUUAUAUUUCAAGUAAAUGAUUUAGCUGUAAUGGAAGAAUUAUUUUUAUUUUAUGGAAACCUUUUUUUUAUAAUUUUGACAUGGGAUAAACAUAUUAAAUAAAUCUUGCAGAAAAUAUGUGCACUAUA